UCAGUAUGUAAAACAUAAAGUUCCGUAAGAUGAUAGGUCUAUCCUAUAUUUUGUUUGUGGCAUAGCAUAUGACGUAUGCAUUGCUCCUUGAUGACAAAUUGAUCGAACAAUUAACCGAUCUUAAGGAUGGUCGAGCAAGCGAUUAAACUAGUGUGGAACCAUAGUUAUGAUCGAUCGGUAUAAAUCGACACGGAUAUAUAAGGAAUCUAUCGUAAUGUAUUCGUGCCGAUCGAUUUUUAUCAGCGUUUUAAUACAGUGCGUUACAGAAGAAGAAACGCGAUACGUAAAGGUAAAAGAAAAAUUAUCGGACUAAUCACGUCCCACAACGAAUAUGCGCACCGCGAUAGAGGAAAAAUGGUGAAAAAUAUUUCUAUUGGCGCAAGCGGGUCAUAGGAUAUCUACGAGAGACAUCUUUUUUUGAAAUGCCUUUAAAUAUAAAAAUGAAUAAAUGGGCUCCAAAAUUGACAAUCAUCUUUCAGCUGACUAUUUGGAGUACAAUUGGAAUUAUACUUCUACAAAAAGGUGUAAUUUCUCUAUGUGAAAAGACGAAAGCACAAAAUGACACGAUUAACAUGCAGGAAAAGUUCUUGAGAUGGAACAACGGUGAAUUGUUUCGAGAAUCAAAUAUCACAGGAAAUCAUUUUAAAAUUAUAAAAUUUCAAAUUGGAGCUCGGCGAGAAGAUACCGCUAUUAAUCAUACUGGCGAUACUACAUCUAAUGGACAGUUACCGCGCGAAUUAUAUACUUCUUAUGGAACAAAUAACAUCGACAGCGCCAUAUCUAAACCCACCUCAAUGAUUAAAAAACGUACAACGAUCCAUCAUAAACACGAUGCUAAAGGUGUACGUUCGAUUCAAACUUCGACGGUUUAUUCAGGCAACAGAAAUGAAGUAGAGCAAGUAAAUCACAAAAUGAACAUUAUUAUUCCACUCACUUCCAAUGAGAAUCCUUAUGAAACAGAAAACACUAUAAUAAAUAAUAGCGUUAUUAAUCAAAUAGACUUUGGUACUACUAAUUUGAUCAGGUUGACGGAAAGAAAUUUUUUCGAACAUGAACAUGAUGAAAAUAUCGAAAAGGAUGAGAAUGAAACAAAGUCGCGACGUCGUCCGGUGAAUCGAGUUGGAACGGCUAUUGCCAUAACCAUGCUUGCAAUCGGCGUCGUCAUGUUACUUAUAGGACCACUUAUAGUCAUUAUUCGUACUUUUAAUAAUAGAAGGCGAACCAGAGAAAUGUUAAAAUCAAGAUGUUAUAAUGAUCGACCACCAACUUACGAAGAAGCGACAUUGAUGGAUGAAACACCGAGAUAUUCAACUCUCCAACUAGAUGCAACCAUGUCGACAACAGCGAUUAUAUGAGAAAUGGAGAUUUUUUACCAACACGAUUGCAAGCACAACAGGAUGCUGUUAAUUUAGUUUGUCACUCAAAAACUCGCUCGAAUCCUGAAAACAAUGUUGGCUUGAUAACACUAGCUAAUGUCGAAGUGUUAGCUACGCUUACUAGCGAUGUGGGUAGAAUUUUAUCAAAACUCCAUCAAGUCCAACCAAAUGGUAAUUUAAGUUUAAUAACAGGAAUACGAAUUGCACAUCUGGCAUUGAAACAUCGUCAAGGCAAAAAUCACAAAAUGCGUAUUGUUGCCUUCAUUGGUAGUCCCAUAGAGAUUGAUGAGAAAGAACUUGUAAAAUUAGCAAAAAGAUUAAAAAAAGAAAAGGUUAAUGUGGAUGUAAUUAGUUUUGGUGAAGAAAGCAUUAAUAAUGAAGUGCUGACAGCCUUUAUCAAUGCUCUUAAUGGAAAGGAUGGAACAGGCAGCCAUUUGGUCACAGUUCCACCUGGACCACAUUUGUCUGAUGCAUUGAUUUCUUCUCCUAUAAUUCAAGGAGAAGAUGGAAUGGGUGGCACAGGUAUGGGAGGAUCUGCUUAUGAGUUUGGUGUUGAUCCAAAUGAAGACCCAGAAUUAGCAUUGGCACUACGUGUAUCAAUGGAGGAACAACGGCAGCGUCAAGAAGAUGAAGCGCGACGUGCACAAACUAAUGAAGCAGCUACAAAUGAACCAUCGGAGACAAUUAGAGAAGUACAUAACGAAGAGGCAAUGUUAAAGCGUGCUCUUGCUAUGUCACUCGAAGAGGAUUACGCCGCUGUUAUGUCUGAUCCAGCAUUUUUGCAAUCAGUUUUGGAAAAUUUACCGGGUGUUGAUCCUCAUUCGGAAGCCGUCCGUCAAGCUGUUGGAUCUCUUCAACAAAACAAGGAUAAAGACAAAGAGAAGGAGAAAGAGAAAGAAAAAGAUAAAGAAAAGGACAAGGAUAAAAAAUAA